GAAGGGGCGCGCGUGAGGAGAGAGCUGCGAGAUGGCGCCGUGAGAGGAGACCGGGGGAGGGUGUCACAGAGACGGCGGCAGCUGUACGGCUCAUGUUAGAUAAGAGUAUUGGCGGGCUUAGGCAAUAACACAGGACACACAACGUGACUGAAGACUAUAGAAGACAACACGGCAAUGGAGGAAGAGAAGAGCGGCGGUGGAAGUCCGGGGACGGCGGGCGCUGAAGAGACGAAGAAGCACGGCACCGCCGCCGCUGUACAAAAUGGCGAACAAGCCGAGGAGGCGGACACUAGAAAAGCGGGCUUCGUGCGCCGCAACAGCAGCGAGCCCCCCGGGAAGAUGGAUGCAGGGAAGACGGUCAUCCCCACAGAAGAGCCCCCCAGGAAACGCUUUCAGAUUCCGAGGAAGACCAAGAAAGCUCUUCAAUCACUUAGUUCCGAUUCGCGGGAAUUUGAGGAGCUUUUGAAAAUUCUACAUGCCUCAUUCUUGGAAGCAAAUUCUAAAAUACAUUUCACUUACAAAUCUGCCCAACUGGUGCACAAUGAGUUCUUGGAGAAAGAGUUUACUGAAAAAAGAAGACAGUUGAAAUUUGAUGGCCGCCUAGAUAAGGAGCUUGCUGAAUCAUAUGGUUUUCUUUUGGUUGAUGAAAGCCAGGUGAAUAAUAUAUGCGAGAGAGGGUUACUUGUGGGCCAUUCUAAGCUAAUUACACUUGGAAAAUCCUCUAUGGGGGUGUACUUAUCCAAGUUUGCUGAUUUAUUGCAGGCCAACCCUUUAGAGGCUGGCACAACAGGCACAGUUUUCAUAUUUAAAAUUAUCAAGGGGAAAAUGAAAUUUGUGUAUGAUAACUUUAGAAGCAAUCUGGAAGGAAAUCUUGGUAAUGGUAGUUUGGAUCCUGCUCCUAAGCAUGAAUGCCAUAUCUUAAAGAACAUGAAUGCUGUCACUUCGCUCCUGAGUUACAGGGCAUUUGAACGCACGCAGUAUUACUUCUAUGAGUACGGCUUUGACGAGAUUCUUAAGAGACCUCGACAUGUGUGCCCAUAUGCAGUUGUGUCAUUUGGUUAUAAGACUGAACUGCCUGCGCCGAGGCCAUCCUUGUCACCUAUGUCAGGGUCAGUACCAUUCAACUCAGAUCGAUACAGUGUGUUCACAAAUGGUUUUAUAAUGUGGAGAGGACAGCUAUUAUGCAACGGAAAACUCUUGUGCUUUGCUUCCCUGAAAUCAAAUAACAUUUUUUUGCCAUACAAAUUACCAGAGAAACUUGAUUUGGAAAUUAUAAUGCGGCUGGAGCAGAUUAAAAAGCGGAUACCAUCAAUACUGUUCUGCAAAGAAACUCAUAAGCAGCACAAGGAAGUGUUGAAGGGUGGUAUAUAUGGUCGUCUCUGUGAGGUGUGUGACAAGACGAGAACUGGGAAUGAUUUCCAAAGAUUGUUACAAAAGCUGGAGAAAGAAAAUUUGGCUUUAGUUAAACCACUGCCAGACGGAGGAUUCCUAUUCUUCUAUUUUCCAACACCCAUGGGGUCUGUGUAUGGUUCUCAGAGUAAAAAACCUUACCCACUGCACGCUCUCUUCAUCUAUCGGCAGUCCAGAGAGACUUUACAAUCUGCAUCACGUUUCAAAGUCCAACCCACUUUCACAGAAAGCAAUGAAAUUAUGCCCGAGUUCUUGACCUUUCUUGGUGCUUUACACUAUGCCAUCAAUAAGGCUCAUUCAGACACUUCUGACAACUUCAACAUUGUUGUGGAGAAACAUGUGCACUUGUAUUUGAAAAGACGAGAAGACUCAGCUUACAAACACAAAGAUUUUAAGCUUCGACACUAUGAACAGGGUUGCGAUGAGAAGAAAAUCUUGUUUGUAGCACCAAGAGAGAAGAGUGGGAUACUUCGAGUUGUUGAAAGCUAUCUGAAAGGAUCGGAUGCUUAUUCAUUGCUAGUAAAGCGUGCAAAGGAACUGAUCACGGAGACUAGACGGGUUCAGCAGUUCAGUCCCAUCUCUGACUAUGAACCCAUGGAGGAGGAGCCUAAUGAAACAAUCGUUAGUCAAGCGACUGGGCAUGACGUGCUUCCUGACAACUCAUUUUUUGAUCCAGACAGAGUGAAUUCCUUGUUAAACCUAAUUCAGACUAGGAAAAAGGGUAAUCUGGAGACAGAUGAUGUUGCAACCACUGGUGUGAAAAGAAAGCUGGAAACCAGUCCAGAGGCACAAUGGAAACAUCCAAAAUAUGAAGACUACAUGCAUCAGAACAGUCACGAUCCAGAGGAAUCUGCACAUUCUUUAAUAUCUGCUCUUGGUGGACAGGAUACAGAUCUGAGACAAGAGAAUGAAGAAGAAAUUGCAUCAGAGCAGCUGUUGGCUGAUGCAGAGUAUUGUAAAGGAUUGUUUGAAAAACUUUCAAAUUCUGGCCUAUUGGACCCAAAGAAUUUGUUGCCUGUUCAAAAUGCAAUCAGUGUUGAGACUUCGAACUUGGACUUUGUGGGAUUGACUAGCGAUGUUCCUACUAGUGUAGAACCUAUUAUAACUGCCCCAGACAUUGGUACACCUUAUAUUGAAAGCACUUUUGUGGAAUCCCAAAGUGAGAAUGUACCAGAGAGCGUUGCAGCACCUGCUGCGCCUGUUGCGGACAUUGCCCAGGUACAGAACAUAGACGAUGGGAGUGAUCCGCUGCCUGUUGAGGAUAUGAUUCAGGGGCCAUAUUCAGGAUAUGCCAGUCCUUGUCCCAGCACACCUACUGAAGAAAUCUAUCAGCAGCAAGACUCUAAUUCCAGCAAUGUGGAGACUGAAAUGAACUGGAAAUUAAUUCCAAUUACAGGAGAGGAAGAAAAUGUUCCUGAGGAUCAUGUUGGAUUUCUUAGAGAUGAGAACCAACAAGGCCUGAGUGUGGUGGAAGAACAGUCGGUAUACUCACCUUUAAGGGAUACUUUUCCAGAUGAUCCACGAGUGCAUAACACUAAAAGGAAAGGCUGUGGUUACUCCCCACUUGCCGAGUACCAAAAAGGAAGGAGACGGUUCUCUCAGAAUGAAAGAGCAGCUAACAGUGAUCAAUCCACCAGGAAAGGACAUUGCUUUCUUAAAACAAAGCAUUGCCAGAAUGGAGUGAUUGAGAGCACUGUGCAGGAAAUCUACAGCAGUUUCUCCGAGCGUCUGCAGGAAGUGUUGCGUGAAAAGGACAUUGCCUAUACUGCUGUCGCUGCGCCUGUUCUGUCCUCAGAUGAAAGGGAUGUCAGGCUUUCUGAUUGGCUGUAUGAACACACAUCUAGUAUACCUGUACAACAGUAUAUAGACGAACUACGUGUUAAACUGGACAGUGUGGUGAAUUCCUAUUUAAGCUGUCCAGAGACAGGCAGGCCUUUGAAUAUAGAGACUGAAGUAAAGGAAACCAUGGAAUCCUUGGAUCAUGGUCAGCAGCAAAAUAAUUUAAAUGAUCAUGCACAUCCUUCCAUAGACUCUGGUGUUAUAUUGGAACCUUUACAAAGUUCUGACUUCAUUCAUAAUGGCUGUGUGGCAGGGAAACCUCAGAGAAGUGGACAGGAUGUUACAAUGGAAGAAAUUCCUGUUCCUUUGGCAGAGCUGGUGCCUCAUAGCACCCAGGAUGCUGGGAUACAGAACCAGGAGACACCGGACAUUACUGCCUCAAGCACAACACUAGCCAAUCUAAUAAAUCAAAUGAAUCCAGAGGUGUUCAGCAACCUGGUGAAGAUCUUCACCCAUGUCAACAAGAAUAUAGUUAAAUUCUAUAUUCACCCAGAGCUAGAAGAAAAUUCAAUAUGUCAGGAAAUAAAGAAUUAUUUGUUGAAGCUCGGAAAUGUACAAUGUAGUCCAGAGCAGAUUGUAAACUGCAGUGAGAGCUCUGAUAAGCUACUUAUAAUCAUUCAGAAUGAAGAUAUUGCCAGCAGUAUUCAUAAGAUCCCAUCAUUGAUUACACUGAAGAAACAGUCGUGUGUCAGUUUUGCAGGUGUAGACAGUUUGGACGAUUUGAAAAACCACACCUAUAACGAAUUGUUUGUGUCUGGAGGGUUUAUUGUGUCUGAUGAUACAGUGUUAAAUCCUGAUAACAUCACUGAGGAUGUGCUGAAAAAGUUUUUGCUGUUUCUGGAGCAAAUUGACAGUCCUGAUGGAAAAUGGCAAUGGAAAAUCCACUGCAAAUUUCAGAAGAAACUGAAGGAGUUAGGGAGGUUAAAAGCAACUGCUCUGAAUAUAUUGACACUCUUGAACACCUAUCAAAAGAAACAUCUGGUGGAGAUCCUGGCUUAUCAUAUGUGCGAUUCUCAGACCAGGCAAGCACCUGAGCUGGAUUGUCUGAUCAGACUUCAGGUUCAGAACAUACAGCAGAGGCACCUAAUAUUCCUGACGGAAAAGGACAAAUCAUUGUUUUCCAGUCAUGCUGAAAAUGGAAUUCUAGUGACAAGCAUGGAUGAGUUCAUAAAUAAUUUUACAGAUCUUAUUGGUCAUCAUAACUCCAGCAAUGAGGAGCAUUGCUUAUCACAGCUGGUAAAUCAAGAGAACCAGAAAGGACGAUCACGGCACCACUGUGAUAGAAGAUGAAUUUUCCCAGUGCAUGUUGAAUAUGAAAAGGCUGCAGGAGUGAGUAUAAUUGUAUAGUUAUACUUGACUUCUCUUUGCAAUGCAGCUGUCAGCGAAGCUGAUCUCAAGGAGGAAGAAGACAUGUCUCUAGACUCAGAGGACGAGAUGCCAGAGAUUGAAGUAUGUACAAAUGUGAAGCAAGAACCCCAAAAAGACACUGCUAUGAACCAGUCAGAAGAUGGAAAUUCUCAAACAGAGAAGUCAACAAAGACUCCUAUCAUUGGCCCAGAGUUCAUGCAACCUAUAACUCCAGUAUCUACAGCCGGUUCUACCACAGGUGAUCAUGGCAACCCAGCUGAGGAUUCUUCCAGUAUAUUUAAUGACUACGAUAGCAGCUCAUUGGGCAUUUCCCAUUUCAACCUGUUAACGCAUCAAACAUUUCUGGGAUCAAUGGUAUACGGUAAUAACCAGACACCUGUGGAAAACCUUUUCAUUAGUUCCUACGGCCAGUCGGAUCAAGACACCUCAUCUGGUUCUGAGUGGGAUCCAAAGUGGAAUGUAAAAUAAUCUUUUUUUUGUUCUUUUUUUUUUUUUUUUUUUCUAUUGUACUGUACCUGAAAUAUUUAUAUAUCUGACAUUUUUGUAAGAUUUGUUUUUUCUUAUACAAAGUAAAACACAUUUUAUUAUAUUUAA